GCGGCGCGGGGGGGCGAUCGCUGCGCGCUUCGAGUCUGAGGGAAAAAAGCCUCUAAGGGCGGCGUUUUGCCGCUCGGGACGGCGUAAGGCACCCCCCUGCCUUGUCUUGCCUGGCUAAACGCCCUCCAGCGCCCUUCUGGAGGGAGCUGUGGGAGGGUGACCGCGGCAGGUUGGCGGUGCAGCCUUCCAGGUAGCUGGCUAAGGGGGCAGAAAUAGGCUUUUCAGCCCCCUCGGCGGUAUUUAUGCCUGUAAUCAUGGUGGGGAGGCAAUGCCUGUCGCUUUUCCGAGUGCCACCCCAAAGUCUGUCCCUUCAUUCAAGUGGAGAGGUGGUUAAAGCGUGGUUGCUGCUGCAGUUCUGUGCAUGGGCUCGCAGCGUGGGCAGCCUUGUUACUGUCUGUCGUCGAAUGAAGAAUGCCCUGAGCUGGGAGGGACCCACAAGGACCAUCGAGCCCAGCUCCUGUCCCACCACAGGACACCCCAAAUUCACACCAGGUCUCUGAGGGCCGUGUCCAAGGGCUUCUGGAAUAUCGCCAGGCUGGUGCCGCAAUGCCUCCCUGGGGAGCCUGUGCCAGGGCCCCACCACCCUCUGGGGGCAGGACCUUUCCCUAAUGCCCAGCCUCACCCUCCCCUGGCACAUCUCCCUGCCAUUCCCUCGGGGCCUGGCGUUGGGCACCAGAGAGCAGAGACCAGCCCUGCCCCUCCUCCUGCCCUCGGGAGGGGGCUGCAGAGCGCCAUGAGGCUGCCCUCGGCCUCCUCUGCUCCAGCUGAACAAACCCAGGGACUCCAGCCGCUCCUCGUACGGUUUCCCCUCUAAACCCCUCACCAACUCCGUGGCCUCCUCUGGACACUCUCCAGUACCUUUAUACCCUCAGUGUCCUGCGGCACCCAACCCUGCCCACAGCGCUCGGGGUGAGGCCGCCCCAGCGCGGGGCAGAGCGGGACAAUCCCCCCCUCGCCCGGCUGCGAUGCAGGGCUCGGUGCCCCCCGGGGCACGGCUGGCCUCUGGGCUGCCAGGGCACACUUUAUCUCUAGUGAUUUCCCAAGACUUCAUGGUAUAAGGCAGAGUGCAAAUGCAGAGCUUUUCGAGUCCCAAAGGGUUCACAGCAUCUCUGAGACCAGAAGAAGCCUUCCAACAAACACAGAGGAGGUCUUGCAUUUUUAGCCUUGUUUCUAUAUUAAAACUACAAGAGAAUGAGACGAAAUGGUUUUAAGCUGCGUCAGAGGAGGUUUAGACUGGAUAUUAGGCAAAAUUUCUUCACUGACAGAGUGGUCAGACAUUGGCACAGGCUGCCCAGAGAGGUGGGGAGUCACCGUCCCUGGAGGCAUUCAAAAAACAUGUAAACGCGACACUUCAGGGCAUGAUUUAGGAGGCCUGGGUGUGUUGGUUUGGGGUUGGACUUGAUGAUCCUAGAGGUCUUUUCCAACCUUAAUGAUUCUAUGAUUCUAAAUAAAAAUACCAUUGAAGUAUAACAUCACUGCAGAAGAACUGCAGGUGCUGGGGUGGGGUGGGAGGAUAUUCCUGGCAGGUGAAUCCCAGUGCCCUGGGGAGCUCUAUUUCAACCCAUAAGCCUUUGGUUGAGGGGAAAGAUCAGUCCACGUAGGGUAAUUUUCAGGAUCAACGCAUAACUGUGGUGAUUUCCAGACCUUUUGCGGUGUUUUGACCAUUCAACAUUAAUGCUACUGAACACAAUUUGAUAUCUGCAAGUUGACCACCACCCUGUGCAAUGCCAAGGCUUUUCAUAACUGCAGUCGCUGCAGUUUCCUCAAAUGGUGGCUCCUUGCCAUCACAGACAAGGCUGCUCGCUGCAGGGGAAGGGCGAAUAUUGCGUAACUAUAUUAAUGUACUGAAACAAUGCACCUGAAUGCUAAGCUCAGGCAAUAAAAUACUUCUCUUUUCCUAAUUACUAAGCCUUUCCUCUUCAAGCGCAUUGUUGUUUUUCAGCAGUGUAAGCUUACAGGGCUGAGUACAAUAGGAGAACUGUGUUGGAUAAAUAGGAGGUUUUCCCUCCGGAAGGGCCUGCAGUUCAGGAGCACAAGCUGGAACGGCACAGGACAACACGGAAUGGUACAAUGCUGAAAUGGCAUGCUCUGUGGCUGCUGUUAAGUGCAAGGCACCACAGAACAGAUGGGUUUCAAGGAGUAUCUUGGAAGAAGAGAGGGAGAGAGCUUUGCAUGCAUUAAAAUAAAGUCUGUUCUGGGUGAAACAAAGAGCAGUGCCAGUUCUAGGGUUUCACACUUUCUUUAGUUCUUGCAUCAUAAAUCUAAUGUCUCUCAGAAUGCCUUGUAGAAGAAUAGUUUCUUGGGACACAAUUUCACGUAUUUAUAAUGUUUACAUAUUUAUUAUGGUUAUUACUGUUCCAAUUUGCUAAUGUGUUUUCUGUGAGUGUUUGUACACCAGCACCACCAGAGUAGACAGAUGAUGUUAACAUGGCAGUGCUCUAAUCAUAGCACGCUACAAUUUUGUAAUUUUUUUUCCUGAAUUAUAAAAUAUCCCAAGAAUUAAUUCUGGUCUCACUCUGUAAAGGAGUGUCAGCUGAGUUCCACUGGCAUGGACCACUACUGGGCUCUGCUCUUACACACCAGACACUUGCCAGUAUUUGUCUGGCAGAUCCAUCAGAGCCGUUGCAUGGCAGAGAACUCCGAGCUGCUCCCACAUGGCAUAUGCAUUAUGCUGCUGCCGGACAUGUAGAAAUCCUGGGCAAGUACAGAAGAGAGCGGGAGGUCAGUUAAUGAGGCGUAAAAGCAUUAGGGUUGGCAGUUUUGUAUGUACAGUCCGUCUGUCUGCUGUCUGCAAAAUCCCAGUGGGAGAUUUCGCUUACAAGCAGGAAGGAACAAUGCCAUAAACAUCGAAUGAUAUAUGCUUAUUAAAAACCAAGUGAACACCCAGGCUUAAGGUACCUUAGUGUGAAAACAGUUCACAAGUGCAGGGAAAAAGCCCUGAGCUCCAUCCUGCUCACUGUAACUAAGACAAAGGGGAGAAGGUGCAACUUGCAAAGACAGCUCAAGAAAAUGCGUCCGCGCAGAUUCACAUCUGUGUUAUCCCAGUUGUGCAGGUCCCUCUGCAAUAUUUACAACGACAUUUACUCCUUGCACGUGUCAGGGACUAGAAACUUGUCUCAACGUGGUUGGCAGGCAAGUUUCACUACUAAAGCCUGAUCACUCUGCAGCUGGGCGGAACAAUUUAAUCACCAAGGUCAACCCGGCAGGAAUGUGCACCCCGUUAUCUCGGAGUACUCGUCCUCUGCGCAUACGCCCGGGCCCAAGGCCGACUGGCAACAUACGGAGGGGGGGCUCGGACCCUCUGGAACUUUCAAGCACCCUCCAGUAACAGCACUGGGCCUGCGCCCCACUGCCGAGUGGGAGGCAAGGGUAUGCAGAACAGUUACUGACUAUGCAAGAGAGCAACCUUAUAAAAGGGGAAGCCAGCGGAGACAACUGGGAUGCGUUCUGGAACAUCCCCCCCUCCACCGGCUUCAAGGAUGCAUCGGAUGCCCGGAAUCCCCGCCUGGACCGGACAGACUGCCGCAGAUCCGUGGUGAUAGCUAUCGCAACAGUCCCACUCUCUCCUUCCCUCUCUCCCUCUCAUUCCCUUUUUCACCUUUUUUUAACUCUUUCUUUGCUUUUCUCUCCUGUGUCUAUUUCUGGCCAAAUAAAGCAACUUGGCACUUGACUCCAUUUUGAGUCUUAAUUCUGUUCCUGAGAAGGUAACAGGAACCUAGUCAUGGUAAAACAUUGGAGUUAAUCAGAAGUUAAGCUCAGCCGCCCCCAACCUCCCAGAAUUACCUGAGGUCGGUUGGAAAGCAAGGGGGUUUAACCUCUGCCAAAUUGUUAACCCAACAGUGGAUCGUGACAGCGCGUCACUAUUUCUCUCUCUUUGCCUGCAGUAGCAGGAUCUGGGGCCAUCUUCCAUUUGCAAGUCCCCCAAAUUGUUACGUACUGCCUGAAAUCUUCAGACAUUACCAGGACACCUCAGACCUUACCUGUAAACCUGGAAGUACAAGUAAUACUGAUGGUGCAGCUGAAAGACAACUUGACAAGUAAGAAGUUAAAGAAAAGGCUGGUGAGCCUGAGCAUUCAUUUGCCAUUUGUGUGGCCCUCAGGAGAACAAGACUUUAGGCCUAACAAAGAAUGGCCUUGAACUUGUAUCUACCAGCUGGUAACCCGCGAGAUCCUGUGGGAGGACGUGACAUCGGAUCCUGCCGAGUGGGCGCAACAGCAGUUGAAUGUGAAGAGCUGCCAUAAGGAAGCAAAGCAUCGUUGUUGUUUCUUUCAGUUCUCAGCAUAAAAGGAAGUACCACUUAAUAAAAGCCAUUGGCUGCAAGACUUCAUAAGAGAGAGAGAAGCGGAGAGAAAGAACAAGAACUGCGCUGUGGGAAAGCAGGUGUGAUUCAUGAAUAAACUAUAGUUUGCAACCCUAUGGGAUACUGAUGAAACAACUAUAAUUUUCACAGACAUGGAUAAUACAAGAACACAAGACACUUUUUCACAGUUAAACCAGGAAAAAAUCCUCAAAAUUAUGAACAUGGUGAAAAAUAAAGAAGUGAGCAUUGAAGGAGCUUUGCAUUUGGCACAGAAAGAGGUGUACGCUGAAAAGGAUUCUCAGGAUUUGCUAACUGGCUCACAAUUUAACUUCAGUAUCUACAAAUACAAACACUAUCGGUGGCAGAAACGAAUUUUGCAGAUUGAUUUCAACACAAAGACCAUUUUUAACAUUGAAAAAGGAACUAUUAAGAAACAAUUCCCUUUCUCACAAGUCAAAGCCUGCGACGAUACUGAAAGGAGGCGCUUCAGCAUUGUGUUUCAUGGGCGACAAGAUUACGAGCUGGAAGCAGUGUCUCUUGAUGAUAAAAGGAAGAUAACGUACCUUCUGAGCAGAGUUAUAUGGAGCAAUUCGUACAAGAGGCGAGCAGAGUCGUGCUCUGGAGCACCUGCAGAAUGUGACGUGAUACACGAAGGACUGCUGGAUUUGCGGCAAAAGACUUCUGCGUCCACUGAAUGGGUGAAGUACUUGGUACAACUACGUGAAGGAGAAUUGACUUUAUAUUGCAUAAGUCUGGGAGGAAAGAACAAGACUGCAGACCCUGUACCAAAUACAAUUAAUUUGUCAGGUGGUAAUGUGAGUGUCAGCAAGGAGAAUGGAUGCAGUACCUUUUCAGUUCAGACCAAAGAACACAAUUAUUUGUUUCGAAUACCCUUUACUGUCCAAAAUACCAGGACAGAGAAUGUUAGCAAGCUCCAGAAUGAGUGGGUGUCUCUCAUAGAAAGGUACUGCCAGCUGAGCAAGGGUGCCUCACUGCCUCAGGAGGGAUCUCAGGAAUGCACCUCCUCUGAAGCAGACUAUGAGGAUUUUACUGUACCUUUUAAUGAAGAGAAAGAGGAGGCCUUCCACUCCGGUGUGAGUUCCACAACAACUGGUCUGAACAAGCCUUCAAGCCCCCAGACAAAGCCUGAGGAGGGGGAAGCAGCCCCAGCAUCACCAUCUCUUCCGCUGCCCAUCAGUAAGGCAGAGGCACCGCCAGCCCCACCUGCAUUCCCACAGCCCUGCAGCCUCUCUCCAUCAACAAAGAGAACCAAAGCCUUUCACUGGGAUGUUGUCCCUUGGGAUAAGAUUCAAAAAUCUGUCUGGGGAUCAUGUGACCCAUGCAAGAAAAAAAUAGAUGUAUCCCGACUCUGUGAUCAGUUCCAGAUCCAGGACAUGGCAGUAUUUUCAGUCAACGAACCUUCAGUGAAUCAGCACAUCAUGUUAGAUCGAAAGGUUGCACAUAACUUCAACAUUUUUCUUAAAAGUUUCCAUAUAAAACCAAGUGAGCUGAAAGAAAAACUAUACAUUAUACAUGAAGAGAGUGGUGGACUUACGGAUGAGCAGAUCACAGCACUAAGAAGGUACAUGCCAACAGCAAAAGACACAGAAAGGUACCAGUCGUUCAAGGGGUCUCCUUCAGAGCUGCACGUGGUGGAUCAGUUUAUGCUAGAGAUGUGUAAAAUCCCCCACUUAGGCCAGAGGCUGGAUCUCCUGCUUACCCUGCGGGAGCUCCCUGCGAGCAUGAGAGACCUGGAGCCUCUAAUAAACCAGAAAAUCCAAGCGAGCAAGCAGCUGCAAUCCAGCCAGAAAUUUGUUGCUGUCUUGGAGUACAUUUUAGCCAUUGGGAACCAUUUAAAUGAAAAGGCUGGAAAAGAAAAGGCUAAAGGAUUUCGAUUGUCGUCUUUGACCAAAUUACCUCUGCUGCGGGGUAAGGAGAGGACGUUCACCUUGCUUCACGCCCUUGUGGAACAGAUCUCCUUACAUGAGCCUGAUUUGGCUACAUUUUCCCAGGAGUUGACAGAAUUUGAAGCUGCUCCUGACGCUUCCAUGAAGGGCCUCAGUGCUGAAGUUGAUGUUUUAAAAAAGGAAUUGGAAAACGUUAUUCAGUGCAGGCGGCUUAUUAAACCCAAGACAAUCAAGGCAACACCCCAGGAGUCACAGUUCUGCAAGGAACUAAAGGAUUUAAUUCAGAAAUAUGAAGGGGAGCUAUCCCAGCUGUCAAAAAGAUGUGAUGAAAUGAAGAAGCUUUAUAGCAACAUACUGGUGAAAUUUGGGGAGCCGCAAGACCUAGACUCUCAGGAACUCUUUGGAUGGAUAUCCUCAUUCAUUAGUGAGUUCAGGAAGGCCUGCGCUGAAGUCAUGACAUAAGGACAACACAAAUCUUAUGAAGAGACAAGCUCCAAGGCUCCGUGUGGAUGAUGUCUGUGGAAUCCUUCUUGAGCAGCCGACAGUUUCAUCCUGCAAACCUGUAGUCAUAAAAGUCAAAGCAUCGGGUGCGCCUUCUGUUUGUGGAAACUGCUACAAGUGGGAGCACUCCACCGGUAGCACCCUGCAAGAAUCGGUAAUAUUUUUACAUUUGUAAAAUGGACAUUUGGUUACUCGGUUUCCCCACAAAACCCACGAAGCUGACAUUUGGCGUAGUAUGAAAUGCAAAAGCUUAAUGAUGGCGUUAUGUGAGUAGCUUUGCUCAGUAAAAUCAGUCUCGAUGUUCAGUUGUGUGAAGUAAGGCUGCGGGUCCGGUGCUGGACUGAGUCUUUCACGACAGCUCAGCUGUGUAAGAGCCGCUCUCUCCCGAAGGAAAUAGAGAUCUCUCUUGAAAGUUGGUUUCCUUAAAAUGCACGCUACUGGUAGUACGUGCAGUACUUCAGCAAGGACAGGAGAGAGAAUUCCUCGAUCUCAUGUUAAACAUUAGUUGUCUCCAGCAAAAACGUGACCGAGAGAAGCCCCACGCUCCAGCAUUGGAGCUCCCCAUAGAAACCUCUGACUUCAUCCGCCUGCCCAGUGUUUCUGUGUAUUCAAAUCGCCCCCCAAAAAUGCUGUAAGAAAUGGCAGUCACAUAGGCAUGGGUCACGGAAUUGACUUGAGCUCCCAGGGAGGCCGGUGUUACAUGUGUACCAG